UUUCACAUUGCAAUGAAGUUGCCUUCAUGUUCUGGGUUGAAAUGAGAUAGAAUGCAUUCUGAAGGUCCCAUUCUUCUCUAUGUUUUUUACGUUUCAGAAUGCAUUCGAUCAAGAAUCCAGUCUGAUACAAACAUAGCGUAAGAGUGCCAUCCUAGGCACGAAACCAGAGCCCACUGAACUGUUAUUCUGAACUGGAAGAGAAAACCCCCUCGGAAAUUCAAACGAAGAAAAGCUUUUGGAAGGCAGCAUCAGUGGAUCGAUCUGUCAUUAGGAUUCGCUGUGAUCUAAGCUGGUAUCCGCGGCUCAAAAACAGUAAUGGGGCUUCUUAGCAUCAUCAGGAAAAUCAAAAGGAAAGAGAAAGAGAUGAGGAUUCUUAUGGUGGGCCUCGAUAAUUCCGGGAAGACCACUAUUGUGCUGAAAAUUAAUGGGGAGGACACAAGCGUUAUCAGUCCCACAUUGGGUUUCAAUAUUAAGACCAUCAAGUAUGACAAGUAUAUGCUUAACAUAUGGGAUGUUGGUGGCCAAAAAACAAUAAGAUCUUAUUGGAGAAACUACUUUGAACAGACUGAUGGUUUGGUUUGGGUUGUUGAUAGUUCAGAUGUUAGAAGAUUAGAUGAUUGCAAAAUGGAGCUGGAUAAUCUUUUGAAAGAAGAGAGAUUAUCUGGAGCAUCCUUACUGAUACUAGCAAAUAAGCAGGACAUACAGGGUGCUUUGACACCAAAUGAAAUAGCUAAGGUUCUCAAUUUGGAUGCUAUGGACAAAACCCGGCACUGGAAAAUUGUGGGUUGUAGUGCAUAUACAGGAGAAGGAUUGCUUGAGGGAUUUGAUUGGUUGGUUCAGGACAUUGCUUCUCGAAUCUAUGUCCUUGACUAGAUGCUAAAGCAUUUGCAGUAAUAUCCUCUCGGGUUCAAACCAAUUUCAGUUGUUCAUGUCAUUCUUGUGAAUGAUCUGAAGAUAUUUAGAAUUUGAAUUGUUUUGGAAUAACUCAUCUGAAGUGAAAACUACUAUGAUUUGCUUGUUCAUGGAAAUAUUUUUUUGCCUAGACGUCAUAGAGAAUUGUAAUUUGUUUCGUCUGGUUGGUUGUUUUUCCAUCCAGGCGAUGAUAAAGAUGGUUGGUUCUCAUGAUUCA